UCUCCCCUAAAUUACUGCAGCGUGAGUAACUAUGGCUGCUCGGGGUGACUUGGAGCGUCGACAGAGAUACUACGCCAGCAGUUUUCACAAUCAUACUUUACAAUCAUCGUCAACAUGAUUUCUUAAAAUAAUCUAAUCAAAGAAAAAUGUUAAGGUGGAUGACUAAAAUGGCAGCAACGUUAAAUCCUAAGGGGCGUAUUCUAAAAGGGAGCAGGACUACACCUGUACCAAAAGUAAAUAGAGCUCCAAACCAGCAGAACAACGCCAACAUUUCUACUUAUAUUCCUGAAGGAAGGCUAAUUAACUCAUCUCGUUCAGAAACAUGGCUUCAUGGUGGACCCCAAAUCCUUAGAAACAACAGCAGAAGUGGUAGAGCAGUCAGUCGCCCCUAUUCAUCUAACGACCGCCCUAUCAACAUCAAGUGUUUUGAAGAUGUUGCUGCCUACCUUAAAGCAGAGCAGGCUAAGAGAGUGGUCAUUGUUGCAGGUGCUGGCAUCAGCACACCUAGUGGAAUACCUGAUUUUAGGUCACCUGGAACUGGCCUUUAUGACAAUCUCCAGCAGUAUAAUAUCCCUUAUCCAGAAGCCAUAUUUGACAUUGACUAUUUCAACUAUAAUCCACGACCAUUUUUCACCCUUGCCAAAGAGUUGUACCCAUUGGGCACAUACCGACCAAAUUACAUCCAUUACUUUGCACGAUUGCUGAACGACCGGGGAAUUCUCCUUCGGAUGUAUACACAAAACAUUGAUGGCCUUGAACGGAUUGCAGGCUUGCCUCCAGACAAACUUGUAGAGGCACAUGGAACCUUUGCUACAGCCACCUGUAUCUCAUGUCGGAGAAGAUAUAAUGGCGAUGACAUUAAGGACAGUAUUUUGGCAAACAAGCUCCCAAUUUGUAAGACUUCAUCAUGCAAAGGUGUCAUCAAGCCUGACAUCAUCUUCUUCGGAGAGGAACUGCCAAAACGUUUCUAUCUUUACCUAAAGGAUAUGCUGCAAACAGACCUAGUUCUCAUCAUGGGUACUUCCUUGGAGGUUCAGCCGUUUGCUGGGAUCAUUGAUACUGUUCGUUUCACUGUCCCCCGAGUCCUUUUCAAUCGCGAUGCUGUUGGACCUUUUUGUAAACAUAGAAGACCAAAAGACUUCGUUUCUGAAGGUGACCUCAUUGAAAAGAUGCAAGAGUUUGUUGACAUGUCAGGGUGGAAAGAUGAUAUGAUUGCUCUUGUCACUUGUAUGGAGGGAGUUUUCAAGACAGCUUUCCCUCCACCAGUUUCUGCAUCCAAAAUUAAAGGCAAACAAAAGGCUUCUAAUGCAAGACCAAAUCAGUUGGCAGCUAUGUGGCGACAAAAUGCUCCAAUGAAUGAAUACUCAGAGUCAGAUGACUCCAGUGACACAGAGUCAGUAUCAGAAUCCUCUGAGGACUCAGACACCUCCACAAGUGAGGAAGAAAUUAAAGCAAAGAUUCCUGGUGGUAAGAAUAAGAAUUCUCAGGAAAGCAGUGUCCAUCUGAGAAGCAAAGAUGCAAAGGCUUCAAAAUUAAGCAACAGCAACAUCUCUGUCCCUGACAUGGGUCUGCACAAGUCAAAAGAAGCUGAAAAGAAGCACAUUAAGGAAAAUACUGGUAUUAGCUGUGGUGAUGGUGCUCAUGGAAAAUUGCUGAUUUCUAAGACUGUCAGUCAUAAUUUAAAAAUCAAUGGUGGUCUAGAUUGGGGUGUUUCUAGAGACAGUAAAGGGCAAAGGCAUUACUCCCAACAUGCAGAAUCUCGCAUUGGUACAGACUUGCACAGAAAACUCAGUUUGCUUAGUCUGAGAGCGAGAAAAGAUAAACAGGAUGAAAGGACCAAAAGCAAUGUCAUCGCCAAACAACUGGCAGCCAAUAACAGAAAGCCUCCUAUAGCGCCCAGAAAACCUUUACAGCAGAAGAAUGAAGCCACUCAAAGCACUCCUUCAGGCAAACCCAGAUCCAAAAGCGUGAACAGAGUGGCACCGGGGAAAGCCAGCUGCAGUGCAACAGCAGACUUCAAGUUUACCCAUCCACGAAUAAAGUCAGCAGUGCCAGGCCUUGCUUACCAUCCUACCCAUGGGAGUAAGCCUGCCCCAUUCAGUACCCGGAUGCUUGCUGCAACUGAAACGCUUACAGAUUCCAGUAGUUCAGAUGAUGAUGAUGGUGAUGGCAGUGACAGGUAUAGCGAUGACUCAAGUGAUGAUUCUCGAUGAUUAUGUUUUGCUAUGGUUGUUCAAGCAGUAAUUGCAGUGCGUGUCAUCCUCCCUUCUUCCUAACAUCCCUUCCCUGUUUCCAGCUUUUGAUAUGUACUAGAUGGAUGUCUCUUGUCAUGUGAUCUAAUGUCUCAAUAUUGCCAAGAAAAUGGGCAAAUCCAUUUUUAUUUGUUCGAUAGUAAUGGCUUAUCAGUCCAAUUGCAAUAGAAUUCUAGAUGCAAAGGCUCUCAUUUUAUACGCGUAAUUUUUCAUAAAUUUGUGUCGGGGGGAAGGGGAGAGUGGGUAUUUAUGAUUAGAUCAACUUUGAACAGACUUGUUUUGUAUAUGCAUAUUCUAUUGUUUACCAACCAUUUUACUUUCUUGGGUCUGCUUAAUAGGGAUAAAGAGCAAGUUCAGAAGCAACUAUGUAGUGGAAAUGCAAAGCCAUGGUUUAAGAAUAAAAUUCCUUACCAGUUCUCUUCCCAGCUUAACCCACAUAAAUGCUUUUGUAAAACAAUGACUUUAAUGAAAAUUUUCAUGGGUUUUUUGCUUUGAAAAAAGAAAAAAUUUGUAGGAUCAACUUUCAGAUGACAAUAUCCUGACCAACGUAAAGUGCUGGCAUUCAAACACAGUAUAGGUAUUUUUCAUUCCCUCAAAUUAAAUUUAUGUGCUCGCAGAUUUUUCACCAACACAGUUAAAUUUUAACUUAUUUUUUUUUGUGUCCAUACUUUCUGAUGCUGCCUUUAUUUUCUACUUUACAAACACUCAUAAAUAAUAAUAAUAUUAUUAUUGUUAUUAAUAUAACUUAUUAUUUCAUAAGAAUCUGUUAAGAUUCUGAUUAGAUGCAAAUCCAGUGUCAAAGAAUUGGUGCCCUGUAAAAAAAAUGACUUUUUCAUCUGUAGCAGUUGUUUUCUGUUUUGAAAGUCCUCAUCUGCCACUUUAGCGGAUUUAUUGGGGGCAUUAACCCUGCUUGUUUUCUGGAAAUGCUGCCAUUUUUACCUGAAAACUGAAAGCAGCAUGAAGUUGAAAAAAGGCCUUAUGUCAGGAGCUAACAAGGAAUUGUGAAAGAAGUUGUAAUCAGUCUCUGACAUUUGUUAUGCAUUUGGCUUUAUCUUCUUUACAGCAUUAAGAUUUUAUAGCCAAUUGCUUGCUUGUCAGAAUAAUUUUUAAUAAUGUUGGGAUCCAGUAGUCUCUAAACUCCAUUGUUGGCGUAUCUCUUGCAUAUUUUUAUACUUUAUGAUUACGACAGAUUUGUACUGCUGGUGGUAGGAGCGACAUGAAAACUGGAUGCUUUGAUCGAUAGUGUGUAUUUCUUAAUUUAUAUGGCAUGCAUGUGAUCAGUGAAGUGAAUCAUUAUCUGCAGUCCAUUUUGUUUGAUUUUUGAUGGCAUAUUUUCUUAACUCUUAAAUAACAUCCUAUAUACAAAUUAUAAAGAGUUUCUAAAGCUCACAAUUCAUUUAUUUCAUUCUAUUUUCUGAGUGUAGAUUUACAACCUCCAUCCCUCUUGGGGUUUUUACCCCCUCAGAGGUGUUAAUACCUUUUUUUUAAAUAUCUGACCUUAAGAAGGUUUGCUUUAGAUGUCUGGUGCUGAUGUGUCCUUUUUGUGGCCUGGCAUGCUCCUUUUACUUAAUCGUCCCUUGACAGUUUCUUUUGCAUGUCAGCAGAUAGACAUAAUAAGGUGUCGCAUUUUUAAUAAGUGUUUGCAUUUUCCCAGUGUGUGAGAUGACCUAUUAAACACCCACCACCAUGCCUACCUGACUCUAUAAUUUAAAAUAUAAAUUAGGACUGGGGCAGUUUUUUGUUUUUGCUGGCACACUUUUUAAGCAAAUUUGGCCUUUUUUUCACAUAAAGGAUUAAUCCAAUGGCACUUCUACAUGCCAAAUUUGUCAAACUAUAAUUUUAGAGCAAAAUUAAUCUAAUUAUUUUUUUAAGUAGCCAAGAUCUCUUAGAACUUUUAGAAAUUUUUGGAGGUGGAUGUCACAUGUCUACAAAGAGUUGAUUGUCGAGAUUUGUCAUGGUAUACACUACAGAUUACGUUCUAUUUGUGAUGGUACUGAUAUCAGUAGACAUAGAUACUUAUGACAAAUUCUCUGUCUUGCAGCUUUAGAUACAUCUUGUUUUUACAGAAGAAAACACUUUACAACUGGGAUUUGUUAACCAAGUACCUUUAAAGCACAAGCUUUAAUCAGUAUUGAAGAGUGUGAUUUGGGGUUGGGUUGUAUUCUUAACUGUUGAAAUGGGUAAACCUCCUGUUAUAUUGUUGAAAAACUUGUGCAGAUAUUUUUUAUAUUUGUGGUUUUGCUUUAAUAUCACUGUUUAAAGAUGUGAUCUGUAAAUGAUGGUGGAAGUCUAGUAGAAAGCUUGUAUUUGUCUUUUGACAAUGGGUAGUGAGCAUAAGACCCAAUGAGUUGCCUUAAGACUGUUGACAGUAAUCUGUGGAAUGAGUGAACCAUUGGUUUAUUGCGAAUUCCAUAGGGAGAAGUUAUUAUUGCAGUGAUUAAAACUACAAUGGAUUUAGUAGUUUUGUCACAAUUGAUGUGAAAAUAAAGAACAUUUUAUGUUCUUAGUUGUAUCUUUAUUUGAAAUCAAUAGUACACAUGUUUAAAGAUCGCCAUUACUAUUUGAACAUCACAAUAAUCCAUUUAAUGGUGAAAAAUAGCUACAAGACCUUAUGUAGUUUUAUUCGUCUCUUUGUCUUUCAGCAUUCAGUGUCACAAAAAAACUGUAAAAUGUAUCUAAAGAGUAGUAAUGUUUAAAGCACAAAGUUUUUACUCAUCACUUAUUGAUAGCACCAGUUGCUUAACACAAAAAUAUGCAGUAUUUUGAUAUAAUUAAAAAGAUAUGUCUUGCACUCAGGUUAACUGCCUUUAGAAAAGCUUAAAAGCUGAGAUUUCUUUUUUCAUUUUCUUGUGGACAAAAAUGUGAAUUUGGGAUUUGGAUAAUCUAAAAUUGUUAGGAAUCUUGAGGUUUUUUUUUCAACAAUUUGAAAAUUGUGAUAUUGGUAUUGUAAAUAUUUUUUUUUCUAAGCAGAAACCAUGUCAUUUAAUAUUUAUGCAAUAUUGUUAAGAUAUACAGUGUUAAAAUGCCCUAACAUGCUGAAGUUGCUACCUUUGCAAAGACACUCGUUUUUAAAAAUCAUGUCAUUUCCUGCUUGACUGUUUCUAUCAAGUCUUAUUACUAUGUCUGACAAGAUUGUAUACACCAUUUCUUAUAUCAUAAUGAAGACAUUUGGGCGUUUUAUUUUAUUUUUUUGUUGGUGGUGGUUAUAUAGUGAACCAGCUGCUUGUGAGAACUGGCUAAUGCACAUUUUUAUAUGGUUUUCUCUGCAAUCAAACCAGAGCAGAAAGCAUGAAUAUGAUUUGUACUCUGCUGAAGGACACUCUAUCUCUCAGACAUCAAAUCGCAUUUCUAGAAUAUUAUGCCGACAGUGCUGUUCCAAAAUUAAUAUAUCAAAAAAAAUUUAAUGCAGAAAAUACUUUUCUGAAAGAAAAAAAGUUAUCAUUAGUGUGUUAAUUUUUGGAGAUGUUAUGCAUGUGUUUAGCAUAAGCCAGGCUGGAGACAAUCGGCAUUUAUCAGCACAGCCAUGCUAACUCUGUAACUGCUGUGACUGAUUUUUGAUUAUUGGAAUGACUGCAGGGGUUUAGAUGAAAAUGGUAAUCUACUCCCAACACAACUUUUGCUCGUUUACCUUUUAAAGUUGCUCAUUUGUUUUCCAGUAAUCUUAGAUGGCCUCAGAAGUACAUCCAACUGGGUAACAGUUUAUUGUUUACAGCAACAGGGAAUGAAUUUGCAGUUUUAAGCAGAGAUGUCAAAAACUAAUGCAGCCAUCAAAAUAAAGUGGUUUAUCUUUACAUUUGUUCAGCACCAUUGAACUUGCAGUAAAAUGGAAUGUUACCUAAACUGAGCAUCUCUUAAAUGAUCAUGAACAGUUACCCUGCGUAUGCACAAUUCCUUCAGAUCUUCUUUAGAUGCAACUAAAAUACAGAAAAUUACUCGAAGAAGUUGGAUGUUGAAGGUGGCAUGGUGGGUCUACAUAUCUGUAAAUGCCCAUCCCCUGGUUCGUGGAUUAGCGUGUUUGCAUGAAGUAGGUAAAUAUUUAAAAGCGUGCAUGUGAAGUGUUUUACUUUGUAUAAAAUGUGAAUUGUUA